AUGAACAUCAAAGAAGAAAAAAUUAAACUAUUUCUUUAAUUCUUAAGAUCUAAAAAUUACAAUAAAACAUUUGAAAAAUUACAAUAACAAUCAUAAAUUUAAUUAGAUCCUUAAAAUUUACUUAAGAUAACAUAAUCCAUAAAAUCUUAUAAUUAUACAGAAUUAGAGUAAAUUUUAGAAUUAUAUGUUGAUACUUAAACCAAGAAUUAAUGUAUGCUUCUAUUAUUGGAAUAACAUUAUAUCAAACUUAUAUAAACUCAAAAUUAUUAGGAAGCUGUAUUAAUAUUAAGGAAUUAGAUAUCUAAAUUUUGUUAAGGUAUGGGUUAUAAGAAUUAUACUUAGAUGAACAUUAGAAAUACUUAUACGGUUCAAUGGUUUUUAAUCAAGAUCUCAAGUUAAAAGGAAUUUAAUAACUUAUUGAUGAAAUUAUUUCUCUUUGUUUUUAAUAACUUGAUUUAUUUGAACCUAGUAGAUUAAUAACUUUGAUCCAAUAAGCAAAAUCUAAUGAAAUUUUAGAAUGUAAAUGGCAUGAUCAUUUAGAAUAGGAUUAUCAGAUCUAAUAAAAACAUAGCUGCAUCUAAGAAUUUAAACAUGUAAUUAGAAUUAAAAAUGUUACUUUUUGUGCUAUAUCUGAUAAUGGAGAAUAUAAAGCCUUGGUAAUUAGUUAAUCAAUUAUCUUAUACUAAAUUAAUUAAAUUGGAAUAAUUAAAGAAAUAGAGAAAUUACAAGAUGUUCAUUCAAAGAGAAUAACUAAUUUGAUAUUCUCUCCUUGUAGUAAAUAUAUAGGUAGUUCAUCAGAGGAUUAUACUGUUUUAAUUUAUAAUAUUAUAAAUAAAAAGAAGUAUAGACUUCAAGAUCAUAAUGCUAUAGUGAAAUCGUUUACUUUUGUAUUAAGUGAUCCAUAAAGAAAGAAACAGAAAAAUGAAUAUGAUAUUUAUUCAAUUUCAACAGAUGGAUGGUUAUAUGAAUGGAAUGAAAAUGAAAGGAAAGGUGGUUUAAAAAUUGAAGAAUAGCUCAUAGAUAUACAUAGUCAUUAAAUAAAAGAACUUUUAAUUAUUGUUAGUUAAAAUAAGAUUACUUUAUAUUAAUUAUACUCUAAGAAUUAAAUAAUUUAAACAAGUACAAACAAUUAAAUUAAUAUUAAUUCUUAAGUGAAUAGAUAGUUUGAGUAAUUGAUUGUGUAUGUUAAUGAUUAUUCACCAUAAUUAUACUUGUAUUGUAUUAAGACACUAUAAAUAAUAAAAAUCUUAAGUGUAUAUUCAGAAAAAUCUAUCAAAUCAAUUACAUAUCAUUUUGGAUGGUUUAAUAAUCAUUUGAUAGCUGCAGGAACAAAUUCUGGUAAAUUAAUUAUAUGGCAUAUUGAAAAAUCAGAAAAACCUAUAGAAAUAUUAUAAGUAUUUAUUUGUAUUGUAUUUAGGUUUCAGAAUAAAAUAAGGAAAUAACAUGUUUGAGGUUUCAUCCUAUUACACAUGAAUUGAUAAUAUAUGUCCAAAAGAAAACUAAAAAGUAAAAUUCAUAAUUGGAAAGAUAAUUACUAUAAGAAAAUUUAAUAGAUCUAUUUUCAAUACCUUAAGAUAGACCUUCACUUUAGAGACAAUAGAAUGGAGUUACAUAGAUUUUAAAUUAUUUAUAAAGAAUUGCUCGAUCAGAUACUAUGAAUAAUAGAGAAUAAUUGUAGGAAGAUGAAAGUAGUGAUGAAGACUUAUGA